AUGUUGAGCAAGACCCCAGACUGGGGCUCACGUUCCCAGCUUCCUGCCCCAAGGACCCUCUUCCCGGGACAGGCCACAGCGUCUGCGGGCCUGGCUGGGGGCUUCAGGAUGGAAGGGGUGUGCCUGCCCCAACCCGGGGCUCCUAGGGCAGCCCAGCUCUGCCAGGGACCUGUUGGCCAGAGCCCAGCACCCCAGGCAGGGCCUCCCCGGUGCCAGGCCCAGCGCAUGACUCCUGACCCAGGCAGGGGAAGGAGACACCUGCCCCGCCCUCCCGGGGCGCCAGGGGCUCAUGAGAGCGGACAGCGCCUGGAAGAACGGGAUACACAAAGCCCCUCUUCCCACGCGAAGGUCCUUCCAGGGCCCCCAGCCCAGACCCACCCGGCGCCCGGGGCCCGUCUUCCUGCCCACUCUUGCAACACGCGGUGA